GGCGGCGGCAGCAGCGACAGCAGCAGCGGCGGCAGCGUUCCGGUCGGGCAGGGCUGAGGCUGCGAGCCACCCCCGAGAGCCGUCGCUCGGACGGUCAGCCAGUUGUCGACAGACGGUCGGGACCGCGAUCGGUCGGUCAGUCGGUGCCGUGGCGGGAGGCGGAGGCAGCAUGUCGGUGGCAGGACUGAAGAAGCAGUUUUACAAGGCGAGCCAGUUGGUCAGUGAGAAGGUCGGAGGAGCCGAAGGGACCAAGCUCGAUGAUGACUUCAAGGAGAUGGAGAAGAAAGUGGACGUCACCAGCAAGGCGGUGGCCGAGGUACUGACCAGAACCAUCGAGUACCUGCAGCCCAACCCAGCUUCCCGAGCCAAGCUGACAAUGCUGAACACGGUGUCGAAGAUCCGGGGCCAGGUGAAGAAUCCCGGCUAUCCGCAGUCCGAGGGCCUCCUGGGCGAGUGUAUGAUCCGCUACGGGAAGGAGCUGGGGGACGAGUCCAAAUUCGGCGAUGCCCUCCUGGAUGCCGGAGAGUCGAUGAAGCGACUGGCCGAGGUGAAGGACUCGCUGGAUAUUGAAGUCAAGCAGAAUUUCAUCGACCCCCUCCAGAACCUGUGCGACAAAGACCUGAAGGAAAUCCAGCACCAUCUGAAGAAGCUGGAGGGCAGGCGCUUGGAUUUCGAUUACAAGAAGAAACGCCAGGGGAAGAUUCCCGAUGAGGAGAUGCGGCAAGCGCUGGAGAAGUUCGAAGAGUCCAAGGAAGUGGCGGAGACCAGUAUGCACAACCUCUUAGAGACUGAUAUCGAACAGGUGAGCCAGCUGUCGGCCUUGGUGGAAGCCCAGCUGGACUAUCAUCGGCAGGCAGUGCAGAUCCUGGAUGAGCUAGCUGACAAACUCAAGAGUCGGAUGAGGGAGGUGUCUUCGCGACCCAAGAGGGAAUACAAGCCGAAGCCUCGAGAGUCCUACGAGUUUGGGGAGCCGGACCAGUCCAACGGGGGCUUCCCCAGCGCCCCUGCCCCCAAGGUCACAGCCUCCUCCUCUUUUCGAUCCUCUGACAAGUCUGUCCGGACCCCCAGCCGGAGUAUGCCACCCCUGGACCAGCCCAGCUGUAAGGCCCUGUACGACUUCGAGCCGGAGAAUGACGGCGAGCUGGGCUUCAAGGAGGGGGACAUCAUCACGCUGACCAACCAGAUCGAUGAGAACUGGUACGAGGGCAUGAUCAAUGGCCAGUCCGGCUUCUUCCCCCUCAACUACGUGGAGGUCCUGGUUCCACUACCUCAGUAAAAUGUCCUCCUUCCCCUUCCCCCGCCCAUCUUCCACCUCUAGUUUUCUGCAUUCCGUGGGAUGCCUGGCUCGCCCGCCCUCUCCCCUCCUCCCACCUCUGCCCACGGAGUCACUCCUCCCCCCCAUCUCCCCCUUCCGCCCCCCUCCACACACACCCCCCACGCACACCCAGGGGCCGGGGCAGAGAGUCCGUCCCUUGGAGGGGCAGGGUCGCCCUGGCCCCUAGGGCCUGCUGGGAUCUCUCCCUGGCUUCUCUCAAAUGUCUGGCCGGCAGAAGGGGCUGGGGGUCAUGGGGGUGAGAAGGGGGCUAGGGCUGAUGAGCAAUCAGCCCAGGGCAGGAGGUGGCCGAGUCUUUACCGUGCUACACCUGCCUAGAAGCUGACACCACUCCCCCCCACUGCCCAACACACAGGUGGUGGACGGGGUCAGAGGCAUUCCAGAAGGGAAGGGAGGGGUCUUGACUCAGCCCGUUAGCCCUCCACCCACCACUGUCCCCCAAAUGGCUGAGGAACACUAAGCUGCUGCUUUAAAACACUAACUCCCUUCCUGGCCCCUAGCCCUAGCCAAACAGCUAUAAGAGGAGCAGCCUCUGCCGUAGAUGCCCCUGCUGGAUUCCGCCCCCUCCCCGCCGCCCACACCAUCGUAGGAUCCGGUUGCCAAGCUUUCUGGGCCCGUGCCCCCACACCACCACCCAUCCCCUUAUCCCCACCCCAUCUCUUUGGCCCAGGGCCGGGGCUGGUGCAGAGGAGCCCGGUCCUCUGUACGUUGCUUCCCUCUGGCUCGGGGCUUCGGGCCCAACAGUUUGAAUGAACAGUUCAUCCCUUCCUCGUCCGUUGCAGGCGACGGGCCCCAGGCCCCCUCCUCCCUCCCGGAUGCCCCAUAGUGUGCUGCCCAGGCCUCCGGCCUGGACCCCACGUGGCAGCUCUCCCCUUCCCUGGCGCCCCCCUGGCCUGCCCUCUUGGCCAGCGGCACCACCCUGCCGUCCUCAGGCCGGCGCUGUCGGAGGGCCCGGGGUGCUGUGGGCACCCCAAGCCCCGUACCGGUUGCUCUGGCUUGGCCCGCCCUCCCUGCCAGGUGAACCCGCCUGGCGGGGUGGGAUGGGGUCAGGCAGCAAGGAGCCUUUUGAACUUUAGCCUAGCCGCUGAGCCACCCCCUCUUCCCCUGUCCAAGAAUGGGACCACAGGAGGCCACGCUGGCCUCAGCCCGUGCCGCCCAGCCCUCCAACAGCUGGAUGGGUUGAAGCACAAAUGUGUAUGGUUCACCUGGUGCUCGAAGCUCAAUGCCAACCCUGAGGGGUGGGGGGCGGUCUCACUAGCUUCCCCCCCCCCCCCCACCAAACCAAACUGACUUUUUUUGGCUUUAUCCCACUGCCACCCACAAAGCAGGGACUCUCCCCUCCCUCCCUUGCACGCCCCCCCACCCCCCCCCAGCUCUGCUCUGUAGCCUUGGGGCAAACAUCCAAGCGGGGGCUGGGGCUCAGCUGAUGACCCAGCUGGCCCUCCCCCAGGGCCAACCAAGCUCUGCUGGCGGAGGCAAUGGGAGCAACAGAGCAGGGUCUGCUUGUCCAACUCUCGGCCUCUGGGCUGGGGGCCGCCCUUCCGAGGGCCGGCAUGGGGGCCGUUCCCCCAGCCCCCACCAGCACGACCACCACCGGCGGCCCCCUGCCCCCAUUCCCAGCUGCUCUUUUCCCCCCACUGGCCCCAGAGUAACUGGGGCGCCAAGGCCUUCGGGAGGGUCAGGGUGGGGAGAAGGGGGUGUUUCUUAGUUGGGACGAUUGAAAUGAUCGUGGUUUAGCUUUUCUGUCUCUGGCCAAUUGUAUUGUGAUCUGGAUUUUAAACAAAAGUAUUAAAGACCAUUCUUUCUAAA